UGCAAAACAAAAAUUAAUUCUGCAACGAAAACUGCUAUGGACUUGAUAGAUUUCAAACGGGCUCCUGAAGAACCGAAAUCGCGUCCAGCAAUACAGAUAAGCACUUUGAAACGGCGGUGUGAAACAUGCAAAGCUUCUAAAACCGACAACAAAACAACAGCGGUUUGUGACCAUUGCCUUACUCCGACAUGCACCAAACACUAUAUAAGAACAUGUGAAAAGUGCUAUUUCGCAAAAUACAAUGCCGAUGCUGAUACGGACUCAGAUAUUGAUGAAGAUGAGGACAAUACUCCAACAACGUCGACACCAAAUCAAAACGCAUCAAAAAGACAGCGGAGAAUUUCACCCAUCUGAGCGGUUUAAAACUAAAACUUUAUAUGAUUUAUAUCUUUUUCUAUAAAACAACCUUUGUUUCUAACAAUAAAAACAUUUUUCAUUAAAAUAUGUGCAUCAAUAAGCGAAAUAUUGUGUUUUUUUAGAAAAAAACUUCUUAGAAAGCUUAAAUUUCCAUAUGAAAUACAUUACUGGGCACUGAGUACCCAAGUCACGAGAUUAAGUUGUAUAGCUAAGUCACGGUUCUAAG